CCCAGGUUGGAGUGCAGUGGUGUGAUCUCAGCUCACUGCAACCUCCGCCUCCUGGGUUCAAGUGAUUCUCCUGCUUCGGCCUCCCGAGUGCUGGUAUUGCAGGCACGUGCUACCACACCCAUCUAAUUUUUGUAUUUUUAGUAGAGAUGGGGUCUCACCAUGUUGGCCAGGUUGGUCUCGAACUCUUGAGCUCAGGUGAUCUACCCACCUUGGCCUCCCAAAGUGCUGGCAUUGCAGAUGUGAGCCACCAUGCCUGGUCUAACAUGUCAUCUGCUAAAGGGGGACUUUACCAGGGCGUGGUGGCUCAUGCCUGUAAACCCAGCACUUUGGGAGGCUGAGGCAGGUGGAUCAUUUGAGCCCAGGAGUUUGAGACCAUACUGGCCAACACAGUGAGACUCCAUCUCUUUAAAAAAAAAAAAAGCAGAAUUAGCCAGGUGUGGUGGUGCAUGCCUGCAGUCCUAGCUACUUGGGAGGCUGAGGUGGGAGGAUCACUUGAACCCAGGAGUUGGAGCUGCAGUGAGCUAUGAUCCUGCCACUGCACUCCAGCCUGGGCAAUAGAGUGAGACCCUGUCCCCCACUACCACCACCAAAAAAAAAAAAAAAAAAAAAAAACAGGGCUCCUCUCUGUUGGUAGGGGGUGGAGGGGAGGUCAGAGACAGCCUCUCAGCCACCUGGGCUGAUUCACAAAUAUCGAACAUUCACUAAAAUGUCAAUACAGUGACCUAGAGCCAGAGGGGAAGAGGGAGGGUACAAGAGGAGAGUUCCAGGCAGAGGGGCCAGCAGGUGCAAAGGACCUAAGCAGGAACCAGUUUGGCUCCAUAAAUAUUUGUUGACUCAAUGAACGAUAGAAGAUUCUAGGGAGAAUUGAUUGCACAGAAUCGGCCAUGGGGACUCGGAGGCGGAGUCCAAGCUGGUCUCGCAGGGGGCUGGGGGCCAGAGGUUGGCAGGUGGGGUGAAAGAUGGGAGCUGCUAGCUGCUGGCAGGAAAACUGGCUUCAGUGAAGAUCUGGUCUGGUCCUCUUGGUUUGUUUCUGUCCAGGGAGUGGACAGGACCCAUGUAAGGGCCCUGGGCUAUCCCAGAACCCAUCUGGGAAUUCUGAAGAGAAAAGGUCCCAUAACUGGCCGGGUGCGGUGGCUCACGCCUGUAAUCCCCGCACUUUGGGAGACUGAGAUAGGCUGAUCACGAGGUCAGGAGUUCGAGACCAGCCUGGCCAACAUGGUGAAACCCCGUCUCUAGUAAAAAUACAGAAGUUAGCUGGGCGUGGUGACGGGGACCUGUAGUCCCAGCUACUCGGGAGGCUGAGGCAGGAGAAUCACUUGAACCCGAGAGGCAGAGGUUGCAGUGAGCCGAGAUGAGAUGGCGCCACUGCACUCCAGCUUGGGCCACAGAGCGAGACUCCGUCUCAAAAAAGAAAGAAAAAAAGAAAAAGUCCUCGUAAGUAGGGGAGAGGUCACGGCAGAGCUGAGGUACCCCAGACUUCGACCUUUGCUCACUGAAGGCUGGAAAACCACAAAACACCCAGAUAACGGUCUUCCCUCCCCUGCUCCUGCCUGCCCCCAUGUCACUGGCCCUCAACCCUGUCUCUCCACCCUGUCCUCCAAUCAGCACCUGGAGGUGGGCUGGGAGCUGCCUGUGACCGCUUCAGCAUCUUUUGGGAGUGGUGACAGAGCCACAGAGGGCUGUGAGCUUGCCCAGCCCCAGGUAACGCUGGCGGUGGGUGGGCCUCCAGCUUGGAGCAGAGACCUCCCCAGGCAUCUGCAGACAGAGCUGGAUGGACCCAUGAAUACGGAUUUAGCUGCUGGAAAGGUGAGCCCUGCUAGGUCCCCAGGGAGAGCGGGAGUCUAGGCUGGGAAAGCCUCCCUAAGCUGCCAGAGCUGGAAGGACCCCAUCUCCACCCCCAUUGUACAGAUGGGAAGACUGAGGCCCAGAGAAAGGAUGCAAUGAGCAAAACUGUGUGCCUUUGCCCUGGGGCUGCCCUUGUCUUUCUUCCAGGUCCCCCUGCCUCCCAGGAGUGGGCACUUGGGGAGGCUGUGAAGGCCUGAAAGGCAAGCGGCAUCUCUAGCUAGGGCCUCUCUCCAGCACUUUUUAUUUUAUUUUAUUUUAUUUUAUUUUUAUUUUUAUUUUUUGAGAUGGAGUCUCCCUCUGUUGCCCAGGCUAGAGUGCAAUGGCACGAUCUCAGCUCACUGCAACUUCCACGUCCCGGGUUCAAGAGAUCUUCCUGCCUCAGCCUCCCAAGUAGCUGGGAUUACAGGUGUGCACCACCACGCCCGGCUGAUUUUUGUACUUUUCCUAGAGACAGGGCUGUCUCUAGGAACCCUGGCUAGGCUGGUCUCAAACUCCUGACUUCAGGUGAGCUGCCCGCCUCGGCUUCCCAAAGUGCUGGGAUUACAGACGUGAGCCACCGUGUCUGGCAUACUUUUUUGUUUUUUGAAACGAGGUCUUGCUGUGUGACCCAGGCUGGAGUGCAGUGGGGUGGCCAUAGCUCACUACAGCCUCAACCUCGUGGGUUCAAGGGAUCCUCCUACCUCAGCCUCCCCAGUAGCUGGGAUGAUAAGUGUGUGCCACCACAGCCAGCUAAUUUUUUAAAAUUAUUUUCAGUAGGGAUAGGGGUCUCUCUGUGUUGCACAGGCUGGUCUUGAACUCCUGGGCUCAAGUGAUCCUCCUGCCCCGGUCUCCCAAAGUGCUGAGAUUACAGGUGUGAACCACCACAUCCAGCCUCUCCAGCACUUGAAGAGAAAUUGGCUCUCACACUGUGGAAUUCUCUCUAUCAACCUCAAAGUCCAGAUUUGGAAGGAGAGUCCCAGCGAGGGGCAGCGGCUGGCCCAACCUGGAGGCAGAGUGAUGGCUUCUACUGCCUGCCCCAUGGAACCCAUCGACAGCUUUGAGCUCCUGGAUCUCCUGUUUGACCGGCAGGAUGGCAUCCUGAGACACGUGGAGCUGGGCGAGGACUGGGGCCACGUCAAGGACCAGCAGGUCCUGCCAAACCCCGACUCUGACGACUUCCUCAGCUCCAUCCUGGGCUCCGGAGACUCACUGCCCAGCUCCCCACUCUGGUCCCCUGAAGGCAGUGAUAGUGGCAUCUCCGAAGACCUCCCCUCCGACCCCCAGGACACCCCUCCAUGCAGCGGACCGGCCACCUCCCCCGCCGGCUGCCAUCCUGCCCAGCCUGGCAAGGGGUCCUGCGUCUCCUAUCAUCCUGGCAACUCUUGCCCCACCACACCCCCAGGGCCAGUGAUCCAAGUGCCUGAAGCCUCUGUGACCAUAGACCUGGAAACGUGGAGCCCAGGAGGAAGGAUCUAUGCUGAGAAGCGGGCUGAGCCGGUGUACCUGUCCCCACGAUGCAAUCUCACCGUGAAGGACCUCCUCCUUUCAGGCAGCAGCGGGGACCUGCAACAGCAUCACCUGGGGGCCUCCUACCUCCCGCGACCUGGGGCUGGGCAUUGUCAGGAGCUGGUGCUCACCGAAGAUGAGAAGAAGCUGCUGACUAAAGAAGGCAUCACCCUGCCCGCUCAGCUGCCCCUCACUAAGUACGAGGAGCGAGUGCUGAAAAAAAUCCGCCGGAAAAUCCGGAACAAGCAGUCGGCCCAAGAAAGCAGGAAGAAGAAGAAGGAAUAUAUCGAUGGCCUGGAGACUCGGAUGUCAGCUUGCACUGCUCAGAAUCAGGAGCUACAGAGGAAAGUCUUGCAUCUCGAGAAGCAAAACCUGUCCCUCUUGGAGCAGCUGAAGAAACUCCAGGCCAUUGUGGUGCAGUCCACCAGCAAGUCAGCCCAGACCGGCACCUGUGUCGCGGUCCUGUUGCUGUCCUUUGCCCUCAUCAUCCUCCCCUCCAUCAGCCCUUUUGGCCCCAACAAAGCCGAGAGCUCUGGGGACUUUGCACCUGUGCGAGUGUUCUCCAGAACUUUGCACAACGAUGCUGCCUCCCGCGUGGCCCCUGAUGCUGUGCCAGGCUCCGAGGCCCCAGGACCCCGACCCGAGGCUGAUACAACCCGAGAACAGUCUCCAGGAAGCCCCGGGGCAGACUGGGGCUUCCGGGACACUGUGAACCUGACCAAUUCGACGGAGGAGCUGGACAACGCCACCCUGGUCCUGAGGAAUGCAACAGAGGGGCUGGGCCAGGUCGCCCUGCUGGACUGGGUGGCGCCUGGGCCGAGCACUGGCUCAGGACGUGCAGGGCUGGAGGCGGCGGGAGAUGAGCUGUGAGCCCCACCAGGACUAUGCCCCCAGGCCCCUCUGCCCAGGAGUGCCUUGGGGAUGCUGCGCUCGACAGCGACCGAGCUGGGGAUGGGACGUGAGGCCAAGACCCCAGCAGAGACGCCAGAAUGGGGGAGGCACAGCUCAUAGCCACACACCCAGGGCCUGACUGAGGCCCACGCAGGAACCGACACUCAGACACAUGGCAAAGAGAGGGCCACAGGACCCAGGAAAUACACACAGAGCCAGGAGCAGAAGCAAAGAGCAGACACACAUACGGCCUGAAACACCCGGACAGACAGACACAGCCUGAAACAGACCCAGACAGACAGACAGACAGACACAGCCUGAAACAGACCCAGACAGACAGCCUGAAACAGACCCAGACAGACAGACCGACACAGCCUGAAGCCGACCCAGACAGACACGCCCUGAAACAGACCCAGACAGACCGACAGACAUGCCCUGAAACAGACCCAGACAGACAGACUGAUGCAGCCUGAAACAGACCCAGACAGAGAGACAGGCAGACAUAGCCUGAAACAGACCCGGACAGACAGACGCACGCACACAACAGAUGCCCAGCAACUCCCCGCCCAGGGACCCCUCCAGGCCUCCCUCGCACACUGGGAGGAGGAAGCCGCAGAGACUGCAGGGAGCCUGGUCCCGGAGCCCCGGGUGCGCCCUGGUCUUUGGAGCAGCCACGGCCCACAAUCACCCCCCUUUUCUAAGACUGCCUAAUCCGAAAUAAAGUAUUUUGACAGAACCUUG